AUGCGUCUUUUGCAGUUCCAAAACGACAGCGACUUCAGCCUCGUCGAAUAUAUUGGCAAAAACAUUCCCCCUUAUGCGAUUCUAUCGCAUACCUGGGGAUCAGACAAGGAUGAAGUAACUUUUAGAGACCGAAUUGAAGGCAAGGGGGAGGGCAAGACCGGCUAUCACAACACAUGCUGCAUGUGGCAUAUGCCGCCCUUUACGGCGACAGAUAGCCCAAGCAAACAUCGCGCUAGUUGUACGAUAAGCUUACCCAGCUAUGUUACAAAACCUACUUUGCCCCCUCACCUCUCGCAGCGUGGAUAUGCCAAACCUAAGCCCAAUUCAGCAAGCCUGAGCGUGCCUGAGCGUGUUCUGAGCACUUACUACAUCCCCACUAGUCUAGUAGCCCACUCUAGAAUUUUGUUGCUCGUGAUGGGCCAUCUUUGUGACUUUGGUGUCUUUCCAUUCUUUUCUUUCGUUGCUCCAUUUGCGAAGUCACAUUCCUACGACCUCAUUUUGCCUGAAGCUGACAAUAUACCGUCCUGCAUAUUGCUAUAUUGUUCAAUUCAUCCAGUCUACACAUUCCGGAGACUGUGGUCACAAUACCGAGCGGCUGGCGCAUACCAUGUGGCUCAAGCCUUGGAGGCCAUUGAUACAGCAUUGGAUGUAAUGGAAAUUGGCAAUAUUCAACUCUUCGGUAGUCUUGGUACAUGUUCAUCUUUCUUCCCUGACUACAAUCGAAAUUUCUCAGUUAAUAAAGCACAAGAACCUUACGAGAAAUUGAAGUCCCAGCCUAUUGUUGGACCGGAUGUCCCUCCUUAUUUGAAUGCGCAUAUGACGGUGCCGACGCGAUCUAGCAAUACCUCAAACAGCACCAAGCUAACGCCCUUCCGAACAUACAGCACCUCUUUUCUCUGGCGCCAAAAGCAUUCUGCAUUAACCUCCAAUCAUAUCUUUCCUGCCUUGUUGGUCCACAAAAUUUCAGACACAACCCACUUUCCUUUUACGUACCUGGCAGAUCACAGCCUGGAGCAGAAUUGCACGAGAAGAGAGAAGAGAGCCCACAUAUUCCAAUCCAUGCACAAAACCAAAGCGCCCUCACUUAGGUAUGUAAUCCCAUGCCUCACCACAGAGAGUUGGGGUAAAGCGGCCUGUAAGAACAAUGGAAGUAGGAUAAAGCAAAUCAAAGGAAAAGCAAAAGAAAACCAUCUCAUCAGCAGGGCGGCUGUAAGGCAUAUAUACUAUUCUGCACGCGAAUCAACUGUUGGGUGGUGCGGAGCCCCGUCCUUACAUAAUAAUCAACUAACAGUUGAUUCGCUUGCUCCAACUGUGCCCUCAACUCCUUCAGUUUCCCCUCCAUUUGCUCGGCCCACUCGGCCUGUCUCUUCCUCGCCUCCAUCCUCCCCUGCUCUACUCACUCUCCCUUCCGCUUCUCAAUCUCCUCCUCCAUCUCCUCCCGCAUCCUCCCCCUCUCCUCUUCCAGCCCUUUCUUCACCCCCGCCACCACGCUCUUCUCCACUAUUCCCAUCCCCACACAUCUCUCUCCGCCGCUUUGGUCAUCUUCUCCUUAGCCCACUUGUUGUGGUCGUCCAACCAGUCCUCCACCUACUUUCGCCAGCCCCUAAACCUUCCCAAAAGGCAAAGCAAAAACAGAAGAAACUCCGUACCACGUUUAGGUUUGUGAAGAAGAAGAAGAAGAAGAAGAAGAAGAAGAAGAAGAAGAAGAAGAAGAAGAAGAAGAAGAAGAAGAAGAAGAAGAAGAAGAAGAAGAGAAGGAGAGGCACAAAAGAAAAGCGGCUUCUGCGUGUGGGCGCAACUUCUUACCGUGAAGGACUUCACGUUAGAGAACAAACGAAGGAAACACAAAAUCUGAAAAGCAGAGAACUGCUGGUGCAAUAUCGCUGCAAACACUGCGGGCAAGUUUUAGAGACGUUUGUGAAAGCGCAAGCAGCACCAGCCCCUCUUCUAGAAACCGCCAACACCCCAUACAGUGGCGCAAAGAAACAUGAGCGGCAUCCUUCCUUCACCAACUCCUCGGUAAUAAGAGGAAAAACUUUGUCACACUUCAGCAUUGAGGAGCGGUUGACAUGGGCUGGAGAACGAAAGCCGACGCGUGAAGAAGAUAUGGCCUAUUCUCUGCUGGGCAUCAUCAACAUUCAUAUGCUGCUCAUCGACGAUACAAGAUUUAGAAAGAUACACCGCUGGCUUUCGACACCAGAUCCGUCUGUAAGCUACCAGAAGGCACUUAAGCAACGACAGCACAAUACAUGCCUUUGGUUUCUAGGGGGUGAACGGUACGCGAGUAUCCUUAGCCCAACCAUUCUAAAGGAUGUUCUCCAACAUUGCGAUAACAAUCCUGGGCAGGUAAUUGCGUACUUCUACUUCGACCUCAACGAUGUGCAGAAGCAGAACGCCGAGCUGAUGCUGCGCUCGUUACCGCCACCAGAUGCACUCCUAGAAGUAACGCGCCAGACGAUGCAAAAGUCGCCACAAGUCUACAUCAUGAUUGACGCACUAGACGAAUGCGCCCAGCGUGCCGAGCUGAUGGAGAUACUUGAAACCAUGGCUGGGGGGCAGCUUCAGAACGUGCAUCUGAUUGUGACAAGCUGCCGAGAACGAGAUAUCGAGAGCUCACUAGAGGGAUUAGGAAAAGACAUUGCUCUUCGGUAUGAGAUUGAGACUCCCAUGCUAAAUGGAACUAAAGGAAUGCAUCUAGACACGCUGGGAAAAUGUCGCAAUCGAGCGAUUCCGCGGAAAUCGCUUGCAACACUACCACCGACACUAGAUAAGACAUAUGACCAGAUUCUGUGCGCUAUCCCUGAAGAGGAUUCCGGCUACGCCAUCCGUGUCUUGCAAUGGCUGGCAUUUUCGGAGCGACCACUCUCAGUGGAAGAGGCAACGCUCUCAACCGUACGAAUUACGUUUCAUACUUUUCGUCUCAGUACUGUCACGUGA